AUGCGCCGCUCAACACGAUCUUCAACUUACGAGUUGUCCGAGGUCGACACCGCCGUCCCCGAAAGUACUGAUGUCGGUGUCAGUCUGGCGUUUCCAGAGGGCGGGCGCGAAGCCUGGACUUGCCUUCUAGGCUCAGCUUUGCUCAUGUUCCCCUCAUUCGGAUUUCAGACAGCUGUGGGAUCGGUUCAGGACUAUAUCAGCACACAUCAGCUAGCGGCAUACAGCGUCCGAGAUGUUGGCUGGAUCACCGCCGUACUAGUCUUUCUGACUCUCUUCCUUGGUGUCCAAGUAGGCCCUCUCUUCGACCGCUAUGGACCUCGCAUGCUCUUAAUCUGUGGCUCUCUUACCAGUGUGACGUCUUACCUGCUUCUGGCAGAAUGCACCGAGUACUGGCAUUUCAUGUUGUGCUUGAGUGUCCUGGGCGGCAUCUCUUCCGCAGUCAUCACAACAGUCAGCAUCGCGGUUCUAAGUCACUGGUUCUACCGACGUCGUGCUCUCGCCUCUGGAAUUUGCAUGAGCGGAUCCUCAGCAGGUGGCGCAAUAAUCCCUCUCCUAUUGCGAACCCUCUUCCAAAGAUAUGGCUGGACAUGGGGCAUUCGCAUCAUCGCCUUCAUAGCGCUAGGCUGUUAUUCAGCUGGAAUAUUCUUAGUCAAGGGCCGCUUGCCAGCAGGAACUGUGAGCAAAGCUAUGAUAGAUUUCCGAGCCUUUCGAGAACCAAGGCUCUGUUUCCUCGCCGUGGCUGUUUUCGCAUUCGAAUUCAUUAUCUUCGGCUGUGCGGCACUAUUACCCACCUACGUCCGCUACACAGGCCUCGACCUCAAUGUUCAGUUCUACUCACUCACCGUGCUGAACAGCAUGAGUCUGAUGGGCAGAGUAUUACCAGGUUUUGCGGCGGACCAAGUUGGUCGUUUCAAUAUCCUGCUCUUCCUGGCAUUGAUCACUCUUCUUGUCAUGUCGGCCGUUUGGAUUCCCUUUGGAUCCCGUGAUGAAGCUACGCUGUAUGCGGUAGUGGCGAUUUUUGGAUUUGGGUCGGGCGGUUGGGUGUCUCUUGCGCCUGUUUGUGCGGGCCAGUUGUGUCGUACGGAGGAGUAUGGUCGUUUCUAUGGAACGAUUUACAGUGUCGCGGCUUUUGGGGUUCUAUUGACUGUGCCGAUUGGUGGUGAGCUGUUGCAGUCGACGACGCCGCAGACUCUUGUUGGAUUCUAUUCAGCUGUCUUACUGGUUGGGCUGAUCAGUGUUGCACUAUCACGGUGGGCGCUGUUGGAUUGGAGGUGGAAAUGGAAGGUGAAAGUUUAG